GAGAAGCGUGAACGGGGCAGUCGACAGCGCGAUAUUCCACUGACCGCAGAGAACAAAGAGCCGAAGCGGAAAGUGAGGAAAGGACGACGAGAGAGGCUGCCCACCAAGGAAGCCUUAGUCCUCGGUUUGCACUCAUUUCCAGAUGCUCGCAGUACCGGGCCUGUGAAUAAUGAGAUGAUCAGCGGGAGCUUAUCAAAAGAGAGUUUUCGAAGGCAAAUGCGACCCGAAAGGCAGUUCAGGAGGAGCAAAACCGAAUACAGGGGCGCGCAGGAUACGGUAGAGAAGUAUGCGCAGCCGAUGCGACUAACGCACAAUCCGGGACCCCAAGCCGGCUACUCCAUUCCGCGGCCUAUACCUCAGAGGCCUCGAAUAAUGCUUCCGUUGACAAUUGGUGUCGAACAGUCUGAUGACGAUGAGUUGAGUGCAGCCAGGCCUAUUCGCGAACCGUUUACUCCUGAAGUGUCGCUUUCCGGAACACGUCGUCGACAUCCCACCACCGGUACACUACUCGCAGCACGCGAAGAGAAGGAGACGAGGAACUCACGUGUGCUCGACAAUCUGCGUAACAAUCCGGCACUUGCUGGCAUAUUCCAAAACGAGGCGCUGGUGGAGAGGCUCAGCCGACCAUCCGUGCUCAGCGCCGCACAACGAUCCGGAAGCGGCGCCCGUGGCAACCCAAUCACCACGUACCCGAGACUUGCAGCCGCCAAAAACCGGCGCAAAACAUCACGCCUCAAGCCAAUUGACUAUAAAGUGAAGCAGAUUGUGGAAGAGCGGCCGAUUCCUCCACCGCUGUUCAUCCCGAAAGGACGGCACACACGUAUCCGACUGACUGGCGCUACCGAGAAGGAAAUCCCGGGCAUCGGAGGACGCUUCGUGAUACCUUCGCUCGAUCCGACACUGCCAGCGCUCAAUAGUGCGGUACACACGCAAGGCAAACAAAGAGAUGAGUACGAUUCGAUGGUGAAAUUACCGAACAACUGGCGUGGCGGUGAUGUCUUCGGGUUGCAUACGAAAACACGUACCGAGCGACUGAUCGGCGGUAACGGGAUGGUGGAUACCCCAGCAAUCGGCAAAUACACGGCUAUCGGCUGA